UACUCUCCCGUACGACUCCGACUCGGCAACCGCAAGCGUUGCUGCUGUUGCGCGUCGUACGAACUGCGGAAGCUGUGGCUGUGUUUUAACCUGUUUGCAAGAUGAUUCCUUGGUUGUUCCUUUUCCUAGCAGGCGUACCGACUUGCUUUGCUUUGGAAUGCUACGUGUGUACAAGUCAAGACAAAAAUAACGAAAAGUGCACCGAGACCAUCAAAACGUGCGAUCCUUCUGAGACGCGCUGCCUUACCGAAGUUCGCUGGGGAAGCACACCUUACUGGGCUCCAUCUGGCGAGAAGCAGUACUACAUCAGCAAGCACUGUUCCACUGAGGAACACUGUAUCAAUCAGACUGUGCUGUAUCGAGAGCGCUGUGAUCGCAUCUGGUACAAUGACUGGGAAUGUGUGGAAUGCUGUACUGGUGACCGCUGCAACUAUUAUGUAACGCUCGGUGCAGGUCUCUCAAGGCCAUCAGCAUGGACCUGCAUAGUUGCCACAGCUGUUGCUCUCCUGGCCUCCUACGCCAAGGCAUCAUGAUGUGGUGUCUUCUGCCUUCCUCACGGUUGUCAUUGUCCCUCACAGAUCGUUGCAAUCAAGCUUUUGGUAUGUGAGGGCGUUUUGUGAGGGUAUCCACCUUGCUCCACUUUGCACGGUUCAUCAUAUUUAGCAAUACUGAUUCUCAGGAGUGGUUUCCACGAUGCUCUUCAGCUGUAUAGAAAGAAUUUAAUGCAAAUUGUUGUGCAGUGAAAAUUCUGCAGAAAGAUUCAUGCCAGGGCGACAGGCAGGAGCUCAGUUAUUUUGGUUAAUAGUAGUUACAGUUGUUAAUAGUCUGUUGCCUAUCAGAGAGUCUGGUUUUCAGUAUUCUUUUAAGGUUAAUCUAUUUUAGAAAGCAUGCUGCGAAGCUCACUAUAGGUACCUGCAGUGAAGGUUCCUAUGCUGACAGCAGCACUGUAAUAUUAAGCUAGUGAGUAGUGAAGGCAGCUUUUAGUAGGAUGCUCACUCUUUCAUGGCACCAACUACUGUUGCUAAACUAGGCACAUGACUGUCCAGUUUCAGCUAAAGGUAUGACUGGGCUUGAAAUUUUUUAGAACAUGAGAUUGUUGAAAGAGUGUGCAGUCUUGCUGCACAGCAUGUAUUGAGAAGAUGGUGUGUUGUUCUACUACUACUGUACAGACUGCUCAUUUGGGUUCCAAGGGUAUGAAUGUCAAAUGUGGGUGGUGCUAUAGACAUUUAAUUGAAAUAUUGGCUUUUGAGUCUGGCUUCACCUGAAAAAUAUUUUUCACAGUUCUGUUCUCUUGACCUUUGUGGUCAGCAAUGCAAGUGUGUGCUCCAGCGCUGAGGCGUGUUCAAUCAGCAGUGUCUGUGCCAGGCUGAGUGUGCCGUGCAUACAAGUGAUGAAACAGAUGUGUGCUCAGAUUGCUUAGAAUGUGGUCUGAUUUUUUAUUGAAGCCCAAGCGGUUGGUAUCUGCUGCUCAGUAUGCGACACCGCCAUAUUCACGGUUUUUAGCCCAGUGGACCUUCCAGCAUAUUGUCUGGUAAAUAAAUUUGAAUUUAAAGUGUUGACAAUGCCAUUGGACAUGUCGAGGCAAUAAAAGAAGCUUACACGAAUUUACAGUAAUACAGUGGACUUCCAUUAAUUCGACUCUGGCUAAUUCGAUUUCUUGGUUAAGCGGAGUUCGGUUGAUUGAUUCGAUCAUGACUAAAGGUUCCGACUGGUGCUCAUGCAUUUCUAUGGGCCCAAACUUUUGUUGUUCAGAUCCUAAAAUUGUCCUUCAUAGGAUAAUUAGAAUUUAGCCAGCCAGCACAUACGUGGCUUGACCCCUAUGGUGAUGCCAACAGUGACCCCUUUAGCGGCAGCAUGUCUCAGAAAAGUUUAGGGGACAGUGAAUGCGUUGAGAACACUAAAAAUCUCCCUUUGUAAACGUCUGUUCUUGGCCUGCCCUAGGAUAUACUUAAGCAAUAACUGUAGCUCACAGUGUCUGAUUACAGCAGAACCUUGUUCCUACAUUUUAGAAAAAAAAUCACAAGAAAAAACAUACUAGCCGGGAAAACACACAAUACAAGGUCAUUAAAAAAUUUGUCAGGCUCAACUGUAGUUGACAUCUACGUAAUGCGAAGCAUUGCGCAUGUCAUUGCAGCACGAGACGCUGAUGUGCGCUGAGCUGGUGGGGCCCAAGCGACCCGAGACAUGCAUUCUCGUUUUUAAUGUGAUAGCGUUGAGGGCCCCAUGUCACUAAAAAUCCACUGUCGUGUCGGACGUCAUUUCAUGAAAAAUCAUUCUGAACCACAACUACGCAGGCCCUCGGCAUGGCGCAGAGGCGUUACUGAACUAACUGAAUUCCUCAAAGUAAAAUGCGUAAAAUCGUAAAGUACGACCUAAGCACAACCUAUUAGUGUAGGAGUUUAAUUUGAAUAUACCAGAAAACAUAAUUCUGUUACACACUAACUCAAACACAAAUUCCUUUUCCUGUGUUUCUACUAUUCAUAGAGCGACAUGGCCCGCUCAGUUCCUUGCAACAACACCAUAGCGCUCACCUCCGCGCAUCCACAAGAAAGCUACAUUUGCUGGGGAAGCAUGACAAGCAGUCAGGGGUCUUUGAAUGCUAUCGCAUUCCACUCUUAAAGGCGAAGCUUAAGCAUCCUCCAAAUUUUUGUGGCGACAGCAAGCUUAUGUUUGCCCUCAUCGAAGUCAAAAUGGGUCAGCAGCUUCUUCAGGCAUUAAGUUUUGGUGUCAGUUUUGAUGUGCUCAUUUGGUGUGCGAUAGCAAAUGCUGACGCGCAGCACGAGAUAUCAACACCUGUUAAGCUGGCGAAGCCCGAACGGUCCGUUGUCGUUUUUUAACACGACAGCGUUAAGGGCCCCCUGUCGCAGAAAAGUUGGCAUUCCGUGUCCAGCGUCAGCCGUCUUUUCGUGAAAUGUCAUUCCGAACCACGCAUACCCAACCACUCUUCUACCACCAAAGUUCCUCAUACCUUGUCCUUCAUUCCUUACAAAGUUAUUCCUCGGAAUUUUGAGAGUGACAGCCACAAACAAAUGUAAUGGGGGGAAGAAGAAAAACACCGACAGUGCAUACAUUUAAUGUUAGAUCUUCUCAGAGUGAAAUAUUAAAAGUGCAAAACAAUAACAUGAGAUCGGCCCACUCAAGAGGCUGCGUUUCUACCAGAAAGCUCGCCUUCGUGCAUAGCAUUCGCCACCAGCAUUUCCUAGUAAACAUUAUGGCUAUAUAACCUGCGAUUGCGGGCAGGUGUGAAAAGCAGUCAAGGAUCUUUGAAUGCCAUCACAUUCCACUCUUAAAGGCAAAGCUUAAGCGUCCUCCAAAUUUUUAUGGUGUAGCAUUUCCGAAACAAAAUUGAGCUGGUGGUCUUCGCCAGAAUGUGAUGCCACCAUAGUGAAACAUGAUCCUCACUUUGCGCUGCCGGCUGCAGUGCAUUUGGGUUACCGUCUUUUAAAAGUGUGCAGUAUGCUUUCAAUGGCGCUAUGCCGCGCGUGCUGACACAAGUGAAUAUGCUUAUUCCAAUAGGAUUGGUGGCAGUAGCUGAAAAUGCAUGGCACGCGAUGACCAGCGAGAGUAUUCGUCUGUACCAGGAUAGGAAACUGAGUGCAUGCUGGCAUUUUCACAUUGCACAUACUGGCGAGUAUAGUGGGAAAGCUACUGUGGGGUGUGGCUACUGUUCUUGAUUGGGCGCGCCUCGCUCCUUUUGUUGUUUGCAUGGGAUCUAGCAGCCGGAAAAUGUAUUGUACGACUGCAGUUUGUAGAUGUACUGAACGUUAGUGCCAAAAGAUAGUGUUUCCGGGAACGUAUCAACCGACAAGAAAGUAGCGAAACAGUAAUAUGAUUUCUGUGUCCUUAAUGGCGAACGUUGGCACUGGCAAAUUGUUUGAAACAGGAUUGUAUUAACGAGGUUCUACUAUAUGGUAUUUACCUAAUUCUAACGUGCAGCUUUUUAAUAUUUUUUUAAAGGAAAUUGGGCCGAAAAUUGCCAGCAAGGUACAAUCGUAUAUGAAACUGAAACCUCCUUCACGGCAUUCGUAUGCUUUAUUUACUGCAUAACAUAUGUGUACUGCUGUGUAGCUGAAUUUAAUAACAUGCGGUGAAGCUGACUUUAGGAAACCAGCCACCAUUGUGCAAUAUAUUAGACUUAAUGAGAGCAGCAUUCUGGGCAAGUUGGUAAUCCAUUACUCAAGUAUUAUUGCGCAACAAAAAAGACAUGGACGUAAGAGAAGGCACACCUUACGCUUGGUGUGUCUUCUUCAGAGACACAUCCGCGUCUCUUCUGUUGCGCAAUAAUACUGGAGUAACAUAUUAGACCCUUCCCCAUUUUGUUUCGCUAAAAAAUUGGGUGUACAUUAAAUUUCUACUUUUCUUUAGGGGAUUUAAUGUAAUUUCUGUUAGUUCUUUUACUUUGGGCACAUAGAAAGUAGAUGCACGUUAGAUUCGAGAGCGCGUUAGAGUCGGGCAAAAACUGCCAAAUGUAUCGGCGGUGCGUUUUCAUGUUUUUCUGCCUCUUGUUUAAUUUGACCCGUUUGAUAACAGAAGUUGACCGUAAUACCCUUGUCAUUCUAGUAUGGCAGCCUUGCAAUGCACACUUCUGAAUGAUUUGAUUUGUACUUGGAAACAUGUAAUGUGCAAAUAUCUGAGGUCAAGAAGAUGGGACAUACAUGAACUUGCAAGUACGUAUGUAUACUGUCAAACCUGUGUGUAACGAAUGUGGAUAUAAUGAAUUAUUGGCUGUACUGAAGUAAACAAAAAGUUUGAUUGGUCGUGCUUUAUUUCAAUGGAGCAUUCUCCUCUUAUAACAAAACAGAAAAUAGUUGUGCUUGUUAAACAUGACAUGGCAGUGGCAAAAUUGUGCUUAUUUGUGUGAACAGACGCCUUGUCUGUCGGUUUUCACCUUGCAAUAAAGUCGUAGUCCUGACGAGCUGCUGUUGCAUGGUGGAGCAGCCUUCAACGCUCCCUUUGCCUCUCAAGGUUGGUAUGGAGGAAAGCAAAGGGCUGUGCUGCACCCAGCGGUUUCAUUCAGAUUUCCCACUUCGUGCAUUGUACUACACUGAGUCUAGUGCCACUCCACUUAUAAUAAUCUGGUCUAAAUUGCAUGUAUGGCAGUCAGAACCAUGAAAACUUUGUAUAAAGUGAUUUCUUUAUAACAAGGGCUUACUAUAUAUAUUGUACUGUAAACUAAGGAGCAGUGGGGCUGUGGCUAGGAGAGAGAGAACGACGACGAUAGAGACAAACCUUGUUUCGAUGCUCAUAAACUUGAAUCUCGUAAAUCUCGAAUCUCGAAUCGAAUAGAUCUCGUAAACUUGAAAACGCCACUGCUCAGAAGAGCAAGUUAAGUAUCAAGAAGUGCAAAUGCUUGUGCCAGUAAUGAAACUUAUUUGCAACAUUCUGUGGUAAGUCCUUUGUUUCACUGUCUCUACCUUGUUCUUGCCAUGCACUGCACAUUGAGCUGCUCUUUGUCCUGUAUAAGGCACCAGAAACUCUGUGGACAGAAGCGCGCAGGAAAUACUUGCCUUCCACUUAUGCACAUGCUCGAGACACAUCUUUAUGCUGGAGGUGAAGCUUUGCCCUGCACAUUUGCUGCCGUUGCCAUUCAGCACAAAACAUUGAGGAAACAUUCCACAUAUUGGUGGUAGUGAAAGAUUGUGCAGCAGACUAUAAUGCUCACUACAAGAAUUCACAUUUAUGAAAACUGCGAAACUGUACAGUUAUGCGGUAAUGGCAGUUGGACAUAUUCUGCUGACUUGUUGAUCAGCUGUUGUGCUAGAAUUUCAUAAACUUAUGCUUGCAUGGAAAAGAUUUAACUGCAAUAUUUAUCUGUAGUAAACUUCCAUAUUCAUAUUUUCUGUUUUAAAUUCACGAAUUGCGGUCACUAAUUGGGCGCCUGGGAAAAUUACCUGUUUUGCAUGUCACUCUGCCAGCACUGGUAGUUUGCAGUAGUAAAAAGAGAACUGCUUAGCUACUGCUUAGGGCAUGGUAGUGUUCACUAGAUUUUUGUAAGGUACCAUUUCUUUAACUGCAUCUUGCUGAAGAGUACUAUGGUUCUACAAGGGGACAUUUAUAAUCUACAGAAACUUUCAUUUUUCACAACACUUCUUGUGAGCUAAGCCACAAUAUUCAGAAGUACUUUAAAACUGGGUCAUCCUGGGUCUCUACAAAAUAUUUGAUAGCUGUAUUUUCUACCUUGAUGUCUGUCGUAACGUAAGUUUAUCAUGUAAACUUUUGCUUUACGUGUUUUUCAUCUUCCCUCUGUUGUUAUUAACCAUAUCAUAAGAAGCCAAUAAACAAAGACGCCACGGAUAACAUAGGGGAAAUUACUUGUACUUAAUAAUUGAAUUAAAGAAAAUGAUAAAUUAAUGGCAAUGAAAGUGGAUGAAAAAACUUUCCGCAGGUGGGGAACAAUCCCAUGUCUUUGCAUUACGUGUGCAGUGCUAUUAUGCUAGCUUCUUAUGAUAUGAUUAAUAAAAAUCAGGCCCCUCGGCUAACCCACUUUCCUCUCUGUUGUUAUUGUCACUCAUCUUGUUCCCCUUUCCCUUUCAACAAGUGCAGCGCUCUUUCUCAAAGUUAUUAGGCUUAACUUUAUUGUGUAACUACGUAUAAUGCAAGAGAACUUGGUUGCUCUUACUAUGGAGGAACCUACUGUGCAGUUCAUACUGCCAAUACGUUCUGACAGUGGAGAAGCAUAGUUGUGAUUCCAGAUUGUGUGUCCUUACAGCUUGGAAUUUUUUACGUAACUACAAAAGUGUCUGCCAUAAGCAGAAAAUGCAGAUUAAAAUGGAACUGUUUCGAAUUCUUUAGAACUUGUCCCUUUAUGUAUGACUACUUACCAGCUACAUACCUGUACAGUAUGAGAUAUUGGUCUUGAAUUUUAUUAAGAGCUGUAUAGCCACUUUUGUGCUCUAGUGUAUUCUUGACAGCUUUCACUGAUUACAAGAUAUUCUCUAUUGGCUUUCCUGCACCUGUCAUUAAAGAGGGAGGAUAAGUUGCAUUCCUUUAUCAUAGGGUGGCUUUUGUUCAGUAUACAACUGUGCACUAGUGAUGUUUUUAUCCUGAUGAGCUCAGAACUGCCUGCCGACUGCACUGCAUUCCUACAAUUGUUUGUGUGCCUUUAAAGGACAUACAUCUGUUAUGCCUUUAAAUGGCAUACACUCAGCUCUUUCUUUUUUUUUCAUAUUUAACAUUAAGAUAUACCUUACACAGGCUGCUUGUAAUGUUAUGAAUAAACACAUGGCUAUAUUCACUAUGUUGGAACAUUCGUGCCAUGAUGUUUUGUUUGGCAUAACUUGAUAACAUUCCACUAAGUACCAUGGCAUUCACAACUUGCAGUCAUUAGUUUUGAUUUUAUAAGUGCAAGCAAAGUUAACUGAACUUUGUGUUUUAUUAAAGAACAGUGUUACAAAUGAGCAGACAUGUUGGUGACCAGGUUGAUAUCCAUCCAUUUUUUUGUACAUAAAGUAUCUUCUUUUGCAUCUUUGCAGUCAUAUAUAUAUAUAUAUAUAUAUAUAUAUAUAUAUAUACUUUUACUCAAGAAAUAUAUAUUUGUGCCUUUUCAGUAACUUUUUGAGUGUGUCUUCACUUUCUUGUGACAUGUUUUUGAGUUCUUGGCAAAAAUUUGGUUUAUGUUGGAUAUUUUAGAGUGGCACAAGCUGCAAAGGUCUGUUUGCAUAAUGUGUAUCACAUGUUUAUGUCCAUGAAAGUGGGCUGCUUUGUACACACAAUGAUCUGUACAACAAAGUGAGAUGUUGAGACGUAUUUUUGUGACUUGAUGCCUUUAUAUGGUUUAUCUCAUGUACAAUAAAUGAAGACGCCUGUUUGAGAACAUGA